AUGUCCAUAGUAUCUAAACAUAAAUAUACCGCAAAUAAUUCGGUUCCUUUUACCGUAUUACCUGCUCCUUUUCAAACUGUAUUAACGAUUAGUGCCCCACAAUUACAACAAGCAAUUAAAAGAGUCGCCGAAAUUGAUAUGGAAGUAAGAAAUUCGCAAGCAAACUUAACACCAAUUACAGAUAUUACUAGACGACAAAAGAAACAAUACUCAAACAUUAUGGCUGAUUUAAUUCCGUUGUAUGCAAAACUCAAUCGUUUAAUUCCUUUACAUUAUAUAAUUACCAAGAAUAGUGAUGCUGCAGCUAGGAAUUUCAUAACUAUGGUAACAAAGACAGUAGAAUUGUAUUAG